UGGCGCAGCAGCUCAGCAGGGCCGGCGGGGAGCUGGGGCCAAGAGGCUGCCAUCAGGUGCCCGCCGCCGCUGCCAUGCACAAACACUACACCGUCCGCUUCGCCAAGGGCGCCCUGCCCCUUCGGACCCCCACUGAGGGCUACUUCUUGGACCCAGAGUUGGGGCAGCAAAAAGGAUGCCGUCACCAGUGGUGCCAUGACCCAGCGGCCCUUCGCGCCCACGGGCCCUGUCGGCUGCCCCCACAGGUGUGCUGGCAGCUGGCCUACCACAGCCACCGGGGGGGUGUCAGCGGCUGCCGCCAGGGCCUGCCUCCCAGCCCCCUGCGGCAGCGGCUCUGCUCCGGUCCAGGGGCCCGGAAGGGGCCACCUGCAACCGCUGCGGCCUCCAGGCAGCCGGCCAACGCCCCCCAGCUGCCCCCUGAGCCCACCAUCUCGCCCCCCGCGGCACCUGCCAUGGCCAGCAGCGGCCCGGCCCCACGCUCUGCAGCUGGCACCCUCCUGGAGCCCAGCAGACACCCCCCCCCCCCCCCCCCGCCUGCCCCCGCGGCCUGUGGCCCCUUCACCUACAGCUCUGAUAUCCUGACAGAAGAUGAUGUCUACUGCAGCUGUCUGGCCAAGACACUCUGCCACGUGCCUGUCCCUGUGACCGUGGGUUUCUACGCCCCCUUUGGCUGCCGCCUGCACAUGAUGCUGGACAAGAUCACUGCGCUGAUGCAGCAGGAGGCGGCCCAGCGGGAGGCAGAGGAGCUGCGGCGCGUGCGGUGGCAGCCGCGGCCCGUGCGCGGCUGGGGCUUCCCGCGGCUGCUCUGGUACCUGGUGUUCCUGCAGCCUGUCAUCACCGAGCUGCACCUGCGCCGCAAGAACGUCAAGUUCCUCUUCAUCCGCUUCAGCGCCUGGCAGUACGCGGGCACGGACAAGCUGUGGGCUGGCCUGGUGACCACGCUGUGCGAGGGCAUCCGCCACCACUACGGCGCGCUGCCCUUCAGCGUGUACUCGGUGCUGGGCAACAAGCCGGCCGCCACGCCGGGCUUCUGCCAGCGCGAGUGGCACUGCCGGCGCCGCGUGUGCCUGGCGCUGCUGGCGCUGCUGGCGGCGCUCAGCCUCGGCGUGGGCCUGCUCUACCUGUCGGUGGGCGCCCGCGCCCCGAGCCAUGGCGCCGCCGGCGGCAGCCUGCUGCGGGUGUUCGGCGGCGCGGCCACCACGCUGUCGGGCUCGGGGCUGCUCAUGGCCGUGUACUCGGUGGGCAAGCACCUGUUCGUGAGCCAGCGCAAGAAGAUCGAGCGGCUUGUGUCGCGCGAGAAGUUCGGCAGCCAGCUGGGCUUCAUGUGCGAGGUGAAGAAGGAGGUGGAGCUGCUCACGGACUUCCUGUGCUUCCUGGAGAUCUACCAGCGGCGGCGGCUGCGCGUCGUGCUCGAGGUCACCGGGCUGGACACGUGCUACCCGGAGCGCGUGGUGGGCGUGCUCAACGCCAUCAACACGCUGCUGUCCGACAGCCACGCGCCCUUCAUCUUCAUCCUGGUGGUGGACCCCAGCAUCCUGGCCGCGUGCCUCGAGAGCGCCGGCUCCAUGAAGGGCACGGCGGACAACGGCUACCUCUUCCUCAACCGCACCGUCACGCUGCCCUUCUCCGUGCCCAUCAUGGGCCGCCGCACCAAGCUGCAGUUCCUGCACGACGCUGUGCAGAGCCGCGACGACCUGCUCUACCGCGAGAUGACGCGCAAGCUGCGGCCGGGCGGCGCGGGGGGCGGCGGGGGUGGCAGGGGCGGCCGCGGCGAGGGCGCGCAGCUCCUGGCCGUGGAGACGCAGGCGGCUAGCGAGCGCGCGCAGAGCCGCAUAGACGCCCAGGCUGCGCGCCGCAUCCAGGAGGCGCUCUUCUGCCUGCACGACGAGCGCGACUGCCUCUAUGAGUACGUGCCCGACAACGUGGUGUCCAUGCGGCGCAUCGUCAACACCGUGCCCAUCACCGUGCGCCUGCUGCAGCAGCAGGACGGGGACUUCGCGGGCCCCACGCCGCGACAGGCCGUGGCUUGGGUCGUGCUGGCCAACCAGUGGCCGUGCCGCCUCAGCUGGGUGUUGCAGUGCCUGGAGGACCGGCAGCAGGCGGGGGGCGCGCCCGAGGCCAGAGCGCGCCUCUGGAACGUGUUCUGCGACAACAGCCGCGAGCUGCACUCCAUGACCAAGGCGUUGCAGAACGUGCUGGACUUGGACGGUGACCCCGAGCUUUUCGAACGCUUCCUGGGCUCCGACUUCCCUUUCACCGUGGCCGAGGCACAGACCCUGCUGCGCUGCACCGUGAAUCUGGACCACUCCAUCCGCCGCCGCAUGGGCCUCAUCCGGGCGGUCAGUGCGCUCAAGCCGCCCAGCCCGCCCAAGUCCCCGGCCCACGACGGCCCCCGCGAUGCCGGCGGAGCCAACCAUGCCCCCGGGGCCAACCAUGCCCCCGGGGCCUUCCAGUCAGGUCAGGGCUCUGGGCAUGUGCCAGCGCACGCUGGCGAAGCCCACCAGCCCUGGGACCAGGGGCAUGGAGGCAAGCCAAGACCUGUGGCCUGAGAACCCUUACAGCCCAGGUGGGCCUUGAAAGAGUUCCCCAGGAGCAGCGGGAGGGAACCGCUGCUCCAUCUGCCCGGAAGAGGGGGCAAGGGGGUCUGCAGGGAGGCCAGUGGUGGCCACCCCCACCCCCUCCGGGUGAACCUGUGAGCCACAGAGAGCUGUUUGUGGUUGCAGCGAACAGAGCCAGCAUCGGAGAGCUAGCGCCAGAGGACCAGUGAAGAACCCCGGGUUCAAGUGCAAUAAAUGGAGAUGUG